AUGCCGAAUAUCAAACAGAUCAUGUGCUCGCUUUUCAACGCCAACGAUAUGGAAGCAAAUGAUACAGAUACAACAGACAUUUGGCCCCGCCGCGAUCUGAUCCAAACAUCACCUGAUCGGCACACAUACCCACCAUCAGCUGAGCAUCACAACAUCCAUAACACACUUGCUCUAAAUCUCCAGCUGAAAACCAAUUACCCAGAACCAGCCAACAAUGGCCGGUGCCAGGGACUUGCUCAGCUGGCAAAGAGGGUGGAAGCGCUCGGGAGGAAGAGGCUCACCGUGACGGCCAAGGAAGACCAAGGAUGCUGCACCUCUGCACCGGCCAAGGGCCACUGCGUCAUGUACACGGCCGACGGGAGGCGCUUCGAGGUCCCGCUGCUGUACCUCGGCACGACGGUCAUUGGCGAGCUCCUGAGGAUGUCUCGGGAGGAGUUUGGCUUCGCGAGCCAUGGCGAGAUCACGCUGCCCUGUGACGCCACGGUGAUGGAGUACGUCAUGUGCUUGCUGAGGAGGAAUGCCUCUGCCGAGGUCGAGAAGGCGGUGCCUAGCUCUAUGGUGACGCCUUGCCAUUACACAGGCUGUGUGAUGAUGCCUACCGUUGGAGCCAGCAAACAGAUUUGCUGUUUGUAG